CGCCUAAAUGUAACAGCUUUACACCUUCGUGUUAUCAUCACACCUGUAACUCAGACAGAAAGAGAGGACUGUGCCGUGUCGCGCGCCUCAAAAGCGCCCGUGCGAGCUCCCAUCGGUCACGAGCGCUCUAGAGUUCCACGUGCACGCGAGAUUAGGGCAGGCAGGCACCCGGUGAGAGUGAGUGAGGACACCGAGAUAACGGGCACAUCCUCGGUUGUUGUUUCUGUAUGCCGUUGACGUUCUCCAGGAAAAUGUUUUUAAAGAGUCCGGACCGAGGAACCAGGAGCUCACGGUUGACCGUUGGAUGUUAAAGUUUUACCCUCGGACCGUUGUCUCUGUCCUGCCUGCGGGGAUUAAAGCACCGUGAGGGACAGGUGUCUCAACUCCCCCCCCUCUCUCCAUCCUCCCGCUAGCUCACUGUGCGGCCGGUGCUAGGAGUUUUCUUUCCCCGUUGUUUUUCUUUUUUAUUUUAGGUUCGGAGCUGGACUUUCCUGAGCCAUGUUGUGGACAAGGUGGCUCGUCCUGCUGCUCUGCUGGGGGUCUACAAGCAGCGAGCAGCAUGCGCAACAGAGGGACGGGAGCCCGGUUGCGGUCAGGCCGGACUCCCACAGACAGCGGUCGCCUCCACCUGUGGAGCCGUUGGAUUUUGGGUUUGUACCAGCCGCAGUUUAUGAUACCCAUGCUUACUACGAGCCAGGACCCGUGGGCAUCCUCUUCCACAUGGUCCAUGCUUUUCUCUACGUGGUUCAACCGAACUCAUUUCCAAAAGAUUUGAUUGUGAAAGUUAUACAACAAAACAUGGGAGGAAUCAAACUAGAAGAAUGGAGAAAGCCAGACAACGUAGUCCUGUUACUGCAGUGGAUCUACUAUGAGGCUGGCUUCCUCAUCUGUGGCACCGUCGGUGUUCUAUUUGUGGUCCUCACCCCCAUCAUAGGCAUGUGUUUCUGUGUGUGUCGAUGCUGUGAGAACUGUGGAGGGGAGAUGCAUCAAAGACAGAGAAAGAACGCAGACUGUCAGAGAGGUUUCUUCACUGCUUCACUCAUCGCCACCACCAUCUUCAUCAUCGCUGGAGUACUUAUUUCUUAUGCAGCAAACCACAAUGUCAGCACCAAGAUCAGAAACACUCGGCGGUUCAUCAACACCAAUAUGAGAGACAUGAAGACCUUUGCCAACAACACACCCGCACAAGUCGAAUACAUGACAGCGCAGUACACCACAGCAAAACACAAAGUCCUGUCAGACCUUGAUAACAUCGGGCCUCUGCUGGGCGGGAGGAUCCACAGUCAGCUAGAGAAAGAAGUGGUCCCCUCCUUAGAUACAGCACUGCGCAUGGCUGGAGCCAUGCGGGAGACCAAAGAGGCCCUGGAGAACGUCAGCUCCUCCUUAGAGGUUCUCCAGGAGGGGACGGCGAAACUUCGGGCCAGUCUGUCAGGGGAGCGUGCCUCUCUCUCCAACACCCUGUCAGACCCUGCAUGCACUAAUGGAGCUGUGUCUCACACAUGCAACACCAUCCGCUCCACACUGUCCCAACUGGGAAUCAACGCUGAUUACUCAAAGCUACCAGAUGUGAAUCACGCCUUGGCUAACGUCAAUGUAAUCCUGAAAACGGACCUUAGUAAUAUUGUACAAAAGGGUUACUCAUCCUUCAAUGAUACACCAAAACUGGUUAAAGAACAAACUAGGAACAUUGUCACAGGUGUAAAGAACAUGCUGGAUAAGAUUAGCUCAGAGAUCAACAACUUUGCCAAGAUGUUUCCAGUGGAGGCCUCGCUGGCCAACUUCACAAUUUUUCUCAACGAUGCACAGAAAAAAAUCGAGUCCUAUUACCCACAGAUUGACCAGAUGGAUUUCUACAGGUGGAUCGGCUGUAUCGCUGUGCUCUGUAUGGUCAUCCUGGUUGUGGCGUUUAACAUACUUGGGCUGCUUUGUGGAACCUGUGGCUACGAUAAGCAAGCUACACCUACAACCCGAGGCUGCUUGUCAAACACAGGAGGCAACCUGCUGAUGGCUGGGGUUGGCUUCUCUUUCAUCUUUUCCUGGGUGCUGAUGGGCAUCGUGUGCACCUUGUUUGUUGUCAGCGGUAACAUGGAGAAGCUGAUUUGUGAACCGCUAGCCAACCGACAGCUAUUCCAGAUCAUAGACACACCCUACUUGGUUCAUCCCGCCAAGAAGAACUUCCUUCCUGGGAUGCUGUUUCAGAAUCCAAACAUUGACUUGACUUUGGGGAGCAUGUACAGGGCAUGCUAUGACAACAACGGUCUGUACCACGCUCUGCAGCUGGAGACCAUGUUCAACGUCAACUCCUUCCUCAACAGAACUGUGUACAACAAGGAUCUGGCCAAUGUGCUUGAAAGCGUUCAGGUUGACCUGCGGGACAUCACGCUGCUGGAACAGGCUGGCAGAGACAACCUCUUAAACUUUGCCAACUCUGGGAUUGGACAGAUCGACUACAAUGCCUACCUGGCGGAGGUGAAUAAGGGAGUCACUCAGGUGGAUCUUCUGUCCUUUUCUACCAACCUGGAGGCUCAGGCCGACCAGCUGCCACGUGGUGCUCUGGAAAACGCACUGAAAGGACAUGCUAGCAGUAUCAGACAGAUUCACAGAGAGCAGGUGGUACCCAUGGAGCAAGCAAUGAGUGUUAUGAGCCAGAGUAUCAAGCAACUGCAGAGGACGUCAAAUGACCUACCGGUCAAAGUCACAAACAUCCUGAGUGCCAUCGAUGCAGCAGAGUACCUCAUCACUCAUAAUGCUUCUCAUGUGGUUAAACAGGAGACAAGGGCGUACACAGAGAGCUUAGUGGGAUACUUCAAACAGUACACAGCGUGGGUUAAAAACUCGUUGACUGUAGAGGUUGCCCAGUGCAAACCCAUCAGUAACAUCGUGGACAGCAUGGAGAUCGUCGGAUGCAGCUUCAUAGUGGACUCAGUGAACACAUUCUGGUUUGGUUUGGGAGGCUGCAGCAUCCUCCUGAUUCCCAGUAUCAUCUUCUCUGUCAAACUGGCCAAGUAUUACAGAAGAAUGGACACAGAGGACGUCUUCGAAGAUAUGGGUAAUACAGGUAAUCAUGGUGAACAGGUGUGUGAAAUCCACGGAGACCUCGCUGUGCUCAGCUCUCCUUAUUACGACACUCUGACCCGGUUCCCUCGGGCAUCUGCUCCCCCGAGCUACUCCAACUGGUGACCCAAAGGAACUCGUCGAUGAGGUACUAAAACGGACAAGAGACCUGGAACUGAUUGUUCCCUGUUGAAUCACUGGACUUCUCAGCCUUCCUGUUCAGGGAAGAUCAGCAGCAAUCAAGAACUGUGUGGUGAGGGCGUCCCACCCCCCAGUACAGCUUCAAGCCAUUUGACAAGGACCUCUAAUGCAAGCCAAUUGUAAUAUAUCAUGUGUUCUCUCUACCCACCGGUAUCAAGCCCCAGCAGUACCACCUAUCUCCAACCAGAGCAAUGUACCCGCAUAGAUAGUUUUUAUUUUAGAGAAAACAUUUGUUUCUACUUAUGAGUUUUAACACGAUGACACAAGUGUACAUUUUUUUACAGCUUUCAAAUCUUUUGAAAGUUUUAUAUAUAUUUUUGUUAAUGUUUUAUAACAUGUACGUAGCUUUUGUAGUGUUAGCUUUUCUUUGUGAAUACUUGUAAUUUAGCUUGAAUCGUUUUGGCUCUCCAGGUUGCAUUGAUCAGGGAAUUCAGAGAUUACUUAUCAGUUUGGGAAAGAAAUUCAUAUGCAAAGAGUUAGGUGAGAAGAUGGAGCUCUCAAACUUUAUUAUUUAAUGACAGUUGCUGAUUCGCCUAGUUAUGAAUAAUACAAAAACAAAGACUCAAAGUAUGUUUUGCUUUUAGCUUUAUACUAGCAUCAGCAUGCUAACAGGCUCUCACUGAUAACAUGAUGAUGUGAGGCACACACUGGAUGCUAACCAUGCGCAGCAUAUUAUCUCAACUUAGCUAAACUAUUGCAAUAAUCCAACGUUUUGACUCUGAGUCCAGCACAGGUACAGUGCUGCACAUUAACAUGGCUUUGGGGAUGUUUUUGAUGAUUUUGGAAGGAUAUUUUUUAAAAUGCAGCUUAUGCUGGCCACACACGACAUGAUUUUUAAGCCUGAUUUAGGCCAGACUCCUGUCAGAAUUGUCUUUUAAUUUUUGCUGCAACUGUAACACAUGCAAGGAAGGUCAGCCAAGGAUUUCAAUUGUCCUCCAUGUUUUUUUUCCUCCUUUAGACAUGCUUGGUCCCAUUGAGAUGUUAUGUGUGGGUAGAGCAGGGACAUUUCUAGACAGUAAUUUUCUAUGGGAUUACACGCAAAUCAUAAUUGAUUUUAGUUGACUUGUCAAUGCAAACUUGGGUUAGAGAAUGUGGCUAACCUUAGCAGUGCUAACAUGGCCAGCCUUUGCUCCUCUUUGCAUAUUAAUGUCUACAUUCCUGUGCUAAAUAUCAUCACUCAGUGCUUUGGUUAUAUUUGAUUAUAACCUGACAAAGUAUCUGGACAACUUUAUCCCCAUUUUCUAGAUCAAAAUAGGGCUAAACCUUGCCAGUCCUACAAGAUGCUAUCGGUGCUAUCAGUGAGCAGUUGUUUACAUCAGAUUAAAGAGCAUUGUGGCAGCAAGGCAGUAGUCAUUAAAACAACCACAGUGGCUACUAGUGUCAGGCAACUGCAUUACUAUUUAGACGAAGCUUUUGACCAGGAUUAUGGGGCUAAAAUGACAAAAUAAAUGUUAUUACAUAGUUUAACCAACUAGUAAUUCUGGUGCUGACUACAAAAGGAUCUUGCUUCUACCAUUUAGCCAGCUAAUCGCAUGCAUACCUAGGAGUCUUCCCUGUGAUGUCAUCUGGUGUAUGCAUUCAGAGGAUUUUAAGAUAAAAAAUCGGUUAAAACAGUCCUUAUGAAAAUCGAGACCAACAAAAUUCUUGUGUGGCCAGCCUUACUCUCAGUGAUUUUUCCCAAAGUUGCCUACCCCAGCUUUAAAGUAACAAGAUAGGAAGGUUAGAAAUGUGCUGUUAAAGCUUCUAUGUGUACUUUUUUAAAUUUCAUCAGAGCUAGGCUAACUGCUUUACCACUUUCAGUCUUUGUGCGGUGCUAAGCUAAACAUCUCAUGGCUGUUGCUUCUUGACUAGCAUACUGUACAUAUAUGUGAGGGCAAUCUAUCUUCUCAGCUUACUCACAAAAAUAUGUGAUACCUAAAUGUGGCUUUUAACUUUAAGGGGGUAAAGUGGCAUAUAAAUUUUGCUCUUAUAUUAUUGUAUAUUUGAAACAAAAACAGAUAAGUAUCCUGCUAAAUUUCUACUGCAAGAUGUAAAGUGUCACUUGAAAUUCAACACACACUCAUGCUCCACACAUGCAUGUGAAGCUCUUGAAAGCUCAGGUCAGAAAACAAGGUUGUGAUUUUAUUCCCGCGGUUUAUCUGGUGAUUUGCAGUGUAUGGGAACGGAUGUCAAAUUUUGAGCCUUCAGGGUCUCAGUACAUAAAAAUUACGACAGCUAACGAACAAAAUAUUGUGUCUUAGGCAUCUUUCGCCAGAACAUUAGUGGCAGCCUAGUUGCUUGUGUUGUCAGUUUUUUUUUUGUUUUGUUUUGUUUUUCUUUGCCAUUCUGUGGUUGCAGAAAUUGAAAUCCCAAAAGCCUCUUUGAUUACUGAGGCCUGUUUGAGAAUCACAAAAAAGUGACUAAACAGCUGGAGUUAUGGUAAGGGAUCAAAUCUGUGAAUAAAAACUUCAGUCAAA